GCUAGCAGUCCGAGCUAAUCCGGCUAACUGCUAACAGCUAACGGUUAGCUAGUGGCGCUAUGAUGGCGGAGCUGGUGCAGGGACAGGCCUCGAUGAACCAGCCGGGGCUGAAGUCAGACGGCCUAGCCGAUGUUUUACAGAGGGCCCGGCAGAUGGUGGGAAAGAUGGGUGGAGAGGCCAUGUCCCACCUCAACAGCUCCUCAGGAAGUGUUGAGCCUUCAUUGUACUACCCCGGCCAGAAACGACCAGGAGAGGAUGGAGUAGGUAACCAGCUAGCAGCCAUGGGGCAUCAAAGCAGGGUAAUCACAGAGGAUUACAAGGUCCCUGACAGAAUGGUGGGCUUCAUUAUCGGUAGAGGAGGUGAACAGAUCACCAGGAUCCAGUUGGAAUCUGGCUGUAAAAUCCAGAUAGCUGCUGACAGUGGAGGUCUAAUGGAGCGGCCUUGUUCCUUGACUGGAACUCCAGAGAGCAUCGAGCAGGCAAAGAGGCUGCUGGUUCAGAUAGUGGACCGCUGCAGAAAUGGUCCUGGUUUCCAUGGCGACGGGGAAGGUGGGCCCUCAGUGCAGGAGAUGCUGAUCCCGGCGAGUAAGGUGGGGCUGGUGAUUGGCCGAGGAGGCGACACCAUCAAGCAGUUGCAGGAGCGUGCUGGGGUGAAGAUGAUGAUGAUCCAGGACGGUCCAAUGCCAACAGGAGCUGACAAACCUCUCCGCAUCUCUGGAGAUCCAUACAAAGUGCAGGCGGCAAGAGAGUUGGUGUUGGAGGUGAUCAGGGAGAAGGAUGGAGACUUCAGGUCAGGGCGCAAUGACUUCAGCGCUCGACUUGGAGGAACCAAUUUGGAUGUUCCAGUUCCCCGGUUUGCUGUGGGAAUUGUGAUUGGCAGGAAUGGAGAAAUGAUAAAGAAGAUCCAAAAUGACGCUGGGGUCCGAAUCCAGUUUAAAGCAGAUGAUGGUAUCAGCCCAGAACGUGUUGCCAUGGUUAUGGGUCAGCCAGACCGCUGUCAGCAUGCUGUCCACCUCAUCAAUGAGCUCAUUCAGACCGCGCAGGAGCGUGACGGUUUCGGCUCAGCCAUGCGUGGUGGGAGGGUCAGAGGGCGUAGUGACUGGACUAUGGGCUCACCUGGUCCUCUACAGGAAGUGACCUACACCAUCCCAGCUGACAAGUGUGGCCUGGUAAUCGGCAAAGGUGGAGAAACCAUCAAGAGUAUUAACCAACAGUCUGGAGCUCACGUUGAACUGCAGAGAAACCCUCCCCCCUCCACCGAUCCCAACACCCGAGUCUUCACCAUCAGAGGCACUGCCCAGCAGAUGGAACUGGCCCGCCAGCUCAUAGAUGACAAGAUUGGGGGUUCAGGUAUUAUGAGUAACGGAGGUUUUGGCUUCAGUCCUUUCACCCAGGGCCCUGCUACACACCAGAACUGUGGUAGCGGGCAAACCUUCCUGACUGGUGUUUGGGGGAACACCUACCAGACCAGUUGGCAAAACCCUGGACAACAAGACCCCGGUCAGCAGAACCAGCCUCAGAGCUUGAUGACAGACUACAGUAAGGCCUGGGAGGACUACUACAAGAAACAGAGUCAGUCGUCUCAGCAGAGUUCGGUGCCAGACUACACUGCAGUGUUAGCAGAAUACUACAGACAGCAGCCCUACCUGUGGAACCCUGCCCAGAUACAGGAUCACUAGAGGCUCCCCCCUCACUGGUGAAGGCCUCGGAUGGUCGUCGAAGGCAACCGAAUCGGGGUUUCCUUGCAACGCUCUGCCGCUUCCUCCUUCCUUUUGUAGAGAAAACUAAGGAUUAACUGAAAAAUCACGAACUCUUUUCUUUCUGUUUUUUAACCUUACAAAGUCGAUAUUUUGUCAGGCAGAUUUUUUUGGACUAGCCUUCGGUCUCUCCACCGUGUAGACCUGGUUUUUCUUUUUUUUUUUUUUUUUUUUUUAUCAAACUUGAACUUAAAGAUGUAUCAGUGUGGCUUUGAACAAAAAAAUCAAGUUUAAUCUAUAUUUUGUCUAGUUUUAUUUUCCAAUAAGAAAACGGUGUAAGGCUUAGCAGUCUUGAGUAAGAAAAUCAGAUAUUAUUAUUAUUAUUUUGUUUAUGAUAAUGUUUUAAAGCAUGCGUCAGAUUGUGUGUGUUGACUCUCAGUUAUUUUUUUUUUAUUUUUGGCAUAGAAAUAUUUUAAUAGCAUCAGAUGGAAAUUUAAUGUUUUACCGUCAGAGACAAAACUGUUUUUUGUACUAAAUUUGUGCUCGCUGGGUCUGUUUGUUCUCGAUCUAAUUUUACCUGUUAAGUCGCCAUCUUGGAGGUGCAAUGAUGCGUUUAUUGUUUUCUUUUGGUUUGAUGAUAGUUCUUAUUCCUGUAUCUCUUUAGUGAUUCUUUAGUUUUUAUGAUGUAAUGAUGAAUAAAUGCCGAUUUAUAUUGCGUUGUCUAAAGCCAGAUCUCUCUGUGGUCAAACACUUUGUGUCCUCCACAGGGUUAAACCUCCAGACGACACCAUGUUUCCCUGCCUCAACUUUCAUUACAAAAGGGGGAAAUUUACUAUUUUCUUACAGAAUGAAACUUUAUUAUUAUUGUUGUUGUAUCUUAGUUCUGCAUUUCUAUUUUGCCGAUUUGUUAAUAGAAGAAGUGUUAGGAACUGAACAAUGAAGUUAUCGAUUCUAUAAGCAAUGUGUUAGCUUGAACAAGCGCAUUGGCUAAAUGCGCAAGUGAGCUAAACGUGUGUUAGUAAAAAGAUGUGUGUUACCUCAACUGUGUGUUAGCUGAAUGAAUGUGGUUGACUUGAUUCUGUUAGCUGUCUUGUAUUAGCUGAAUGUACAAAUUGAUUGAAAGACAUGUUGUCUGUUUGUUGAAGCCGUUUGUGUUAGCGCUGAAAUAUGGCUAUUACUGAACAUGCACAUUGGCAGUUUUUGUCAGCUGAUUGGGUGUGGGGGGCUGAACUGUUUGUUGUCUACUGUGUGCGAGCAGAAUGUGUGGGUCUGCCGGGCUAAAUUUUUUUUGCUAGGCUAACUUUAAAUGUGCCGCAUUCACAACACAUAGUUUAGACAGGAAGUUUGAUGAAUGAGAAAGCAAACAGCCUCUAAAUUGUAAAUAUUGUGAGUUUCUUACAGCUUAGGUAUUCCCCUUUUUAAGAAAGAAGCUAGAUUAUCCAGAAAAUCUUCAGUAGCAUUAGUAUCAAGUUAAACUGUGUUUAUAAUCCAUUUUGUAAACUGAAAAAAGACGCACACUGUGAAUUCUACAUUUACUUGUGCUUAUGAACUGCCAUUAAAAUUAGAAGAAACACCUGAAGUAGGCUUCAUACCUGUUCAGUAAAACUAACAAAGUCAGCAGCAUGUAGCCAAUGUGACAAAAUCAUCCCAAACCCUCCCGUUAUGGUUUGAAGCAUUAGCCGAUUAGCAUUUGCUGGUGGUGAGAGUGUAUGAGCUUUACUUUGUACAUUAGCAAAACGGCACAUUUUAGCUAAAGUUGCAGACUAUGCUUACACCAUACUGUUGAUUCAUUAGCUAUACUUUGGGUUGUAUGUACAUGUUAGUUUGUGUGCGGUGUGUGUGUUUUGUGUCUGCUAAGGCUGGGUUAUGGCUCUCCAACUUGUCAUUUCUGAAAGUUUGUGUGGCAAUUUUAUAAAUGUAUGAAUAAUAUUUUUGCUUUACCUUUUCAAACCACCUUCCAGACAGGAAUUUAGAUGUAUGAAUAAGCUUGUUGGACACAUUGCUAGAUUUUUACAAUUUGUAAGUUAGCCUUCUGAUAGCCGUCAUGGGAAAUGUUUGUGUGGCAGAUAUUUAAUUCCAGCUAAGCGAAAGGUUCGUUAGCAUUGUGCGUUAUGUCUGGUGUGCGUUUCUGUGCGUUAGCUGAACUUUGUUGUGUGUGUCGGACCACAGAGAGGUUUGUCUUGUCGAGGGAGAUCUGGCUGUUGUUGAGUUGAAUAUUGAAUCAGUGGUUCUGUUUCUUGUAUAUGUGACGAUGAUGAUGACGAUAAUAAUAAUUAAUGACGACGAUAAUAAUGAGUUCUCCUGUACAGGGGCCUAUUUAAAUCUGUUCAUCCAGAUAUGAAUAUUCAGUUUGUCGAUAAGAUAAUAUGGUUUGUGUAAAUUUCCACUCUCUGGCAGGUGCUCUCCAGUUAAAAAUGUACUUUGUUAUCCUGUUAAAUUUGAGAUUGUUUAAUUCACGUUGUGUCUAACCGAUUUACAAAGAGAAGUAUGUGUUAUAUAUAGUCUCAAGACUGCUAGGCUAACUGUCUCUAUCUCUUCUCCUUGUCUUUCUGUCUGUCUGGACGGCGUCACGUUAAAAAGUUGAUUGGAUUUGAAUUCUUCAACGCGUCUGUAAUCGGACCAUGUGAUUACAGCUGAGUGUUAUCGUCACAGGCGUGUUGAACAGUCCUGCAGCUGGUUAGCGUGGCGGCUCCGAGGCAAGGAGAGCUGUAGUCAAUGGGGGUUUUACAUCCCAAAUAAUAAUUGAAAAACACAGGAGUGGACAGUGUUCUGGUGUCCUGCCCCAGUUCAAGGCUCGUUGCUGGCUAGAACCUGCACUGGGUCUUACCCGGAUCACCCCAAUAUCCCAGAACCAGGACUGGACACGACAUCACCCAUCCACUCCAGUUUAGAUCUUCCUAGUCCUAAGCCCUUGUCCUGAAGGGGUGAUGGGAAGCUUUUUGGUUUCAUGGUUUCUGUUGUUUUUCUAAUGGGCAGAUGUCCUAACUGUAACCUGCAGAUUUUUCUAUUAGAUUGUAUUGACAGAUAGAGUUGUGUAUGAACCCGAGCCACGAGACUGUCGAUGGCCAAGAAAGAGGCAGAUGGAUGAUUAUGAUGUUUAACAUGAGGGCUAAUAAACAGGCUCAUUCUUUCUGA